AUGGAUUGUAUACUUCGCAACCCGCAAAUGCAGCUCCAUGAAGUGGCUGAUAAUAUCGCCAAUGUCACUGGAUCAGCGUUUGGGCCGGAGACGCUAUGCCGUGCUCUAUAUAGGCUUGGAAUAACGCGUAAGAAGGUAAGCUGUGACAUUUUCAAUAAGUUAGUAUGGCUUUGCCAUAACACACAUGUUGUGUCACCGUGCCGGCCUAUAUCAACAAUGUCUAAUACGUCUUAUAGGCCCUAAUAAAAAAAUGUGAUAAUUUUGAAAACUGAUUUCCUUUUCGCCAGAUACAGAGAGUUGCUCUUCAGCAAAACGAGAACCUCAGGCAACAAUUCAAGGCAGAAAUCAGCGUAUUUAGCCCAAACCAACUAGUUUUCGUCGAUGAAACUGGCAUUGUAUGUAGGCUAACAAAAAUUAAUUAUAGCUGUCGUUUUACUGUUAAGAACUGAUCACAUUCCUAUGUUUAUUUAGUUGUAAUUUUUUUAAGGAUAAACGGAUAACUCGACAAUAUGGUUAUAGCGCUCGUGGAACACGUCCCGUCGUCCGUGAUUACAGCUAUGCUUGGUGGGCACCUCAUUAUUCGGCUAUAUCAGCAAUUUCGAGUGACGGGCUUAUAGCUAACCAACUGAUGAAAAAUCCAGAUGAAAGAUUUAACGCGAAUUCGUUUAUACAAUUUCUUAAUGAGCAGCUUUUACCGGCAAUGAAUCCGUUCAACGGGGAAAACCCGCGAUCUGUUAUCGUAAUGGGUGAGAGUAAUUAAUGCAAAAUUAACUAACUUACUGUGUAUAUAAGUAAAACCAAUACUUGUUAUUGUUAUAAGCACAAGUAUUUAAUCUCCUGGGAAUUUUCAACCCAUUGUAUGUCAAGUCUUUCGUAAUUAGUCAUACAGUAUCUCAUUAGUUCGAUUAUAAUUCUGUUUUACACACGAACCCGUGGGUUUUGCAUAUUACUUAGGCAUUGCAAUUCUAACAAUAGCUUGAUUUAAAAAGUUCUUGUUUUUUAUGACGUUUCAUAUAUUAUUAGUAAUAUGAAAAUUACUGCAAAAUACAAAUUUUAAAGAAACUAAUAGCAUGCAUGCAUGUGCUUUCUUUCAACAGACAAUCACGCUGUUCAUCAUGUCCAAGAAGUCAUAGAACGUGUUUAUGACUAUGGAGCAAUCAUUCGUUUUCUGCCACCAUACUCUCCAGAUUUGAAUCCGAUAGAAGAAGUAUUUGCAAAUGUGAAACACUAUUUGCGUCAGAAUCACUUGGUACUACAGUCAUUGCAAGAUCCUAGCCCCCUAAUCUGGAAUGCAUACGGACAAAUUACGUCGAAUGACUGCUUGGGAUACAUGCAUCAUGCUGGCUACAUUUGA